AUGUCACAGUCCCCUGUUGGCAAGGGCCAACCUGAGGAAGGGCCCACCAGCCCUGCCCUACCUUCAGAGUUGGUGUUACUCAUAUUCAUUCAUGGCUUCAAGGGCACAGACCACACAUUUGGAGACUUUCCGGAGAGGCUCCAGCAUAUUCUGUCAGAAACGCUUGACAACGUCCGCGUACAGAGUGUCGUCUUCCCCGCUUAUGAGGUGAGCCUGCAUGCGUCCGCGGUAGUGCGCUUCGCAGAUUGGCUCACAACCUUGACCGUACAACGUGAAGUUGCCAACGAUCUGGAGGGCGGAGCCGGGAAAGCCAAGGUUGUGCUAUGUGGCCACAGUAUGGGCGGGCUUCUAGCAGCAGAUACCGUCCUGGAGUUUGCGCGAACGAGGCCGGACAACAAGGCGCCGUUAUGGCCCAACAUCGUCGCAUGCCUCGCGUUUGAUACCCCAUACCUGGGCCUGCAUCCGCUCGUCUUCAAGAACCGCGCUACCCAGGCCGUCUCCUACGUUCAGAAUGCCUUCUCUUCCUACCAAUCGUUCACAUCCAAGUCCACCACAUCGGGUGCAGCCACGGUUGGCGUCGCGCCGCCGCCGCCGCCGCCAGCCCCAGCGUCCACCUCCGCCUGGCAGAAGUGGGCACCCGCUGCGUACGCCGUAGGGGGUGCGCUCAUUGCCGGUGCCGCUGCAGGCACCGCAUACUACAAGCGAGAGGACCUUGGUGUAGGUUAUAAGUGGGCCACGGACCACAUGAAGUAUGUGGGCACGCUUUGGGACAAACAUGCCCUGGAGAGGCGGCUGCAGAGUCUACUUGAGAUCGAACAGCAGAUGGGAGUGCUAUUUUGCACGUUCUAUACGUACCUGCCGCCAAGCCCACCCACCUAUUCCUCUUCUCGGACAUUCAUCAUCCUCCCGAAGGCGCCAUCCCAAAUAGCGGAUCAUUUUGUCCGCGCACCGAAUACGCUUGCCUUUGACGAAGUGCAGGCGCAUACAGGCAUGUUCGACAUCAAGACAAAUGACGGGUACUACGAUCUGGGAAUGUCGACGGCUCAGUACAUCAGAGAGGCUGUAUUGCUAAAGAAGGGACCUACGGUACAAUCAACCAAAGAGCCCAAUCAAUUGCAGGCAGCUACAAGGACUCCUCCGGAACAGCUUCAUUCAGACGAGAAUCCGUCAUAUUCUACUGGAUCCUCCGAAGAAGCGGAAGAUCUAUUGUCAUGA